AUGAGACGAAUAUUCGCGACGACCCUUGCGAUGCAGCAUCUCGAAACUGCAGGAACUUCGGCUUCGAAAGCGAAGUUGGAGUGCGACGACGAAUCAGUGGUGAGUUCCGCAAUCCCCCUCGGUGCGCUGCAUCUGACGAUCUUCUCGUGCUACCGUAUUGCUCUUCGGUUUUCGGUCAGUGUCGCACUCGCACAGGACAAGUCAGUCGAUGUGAUCCUCGUUGCCGGUGAUGUUGCUGAGAUGUCGGCUGGGGGUGCUAGUCCUGAACUCAUAGCCGCCGAGCAGGCUAUGUACGCACCAUUCUUCGGGACACUUGGAGUGACCAGCGCUAUGAUGUUCACCGCCGCUGGUUCUGCUUACGGUACCGCAAAAUCCGGCACUGGAAUCGCAUCAAUGGCAGUCGCUAGGCCGGAUCUAGUAAUGAAAGCUAUCAUUCCUGUCGUCAUGGCUGGUAUCGUUGCCAUUUACGGACUUGUCGUGGCCGUUAUCGUAUCCGGGAAAGUCACAGCUGCUGGACCCGAGUAUACAGUGAACCAAGGUUUUGCACAGUUCGGCGGAGGUCUUGUAUGUGGCCUUUGUGGACUCGGGGCUGGUUAUGCUAUUGGAAUUGCUGGAGAUGCGGGAGUGAGAGCCCUCUCACAACAGCCGCGCAUCUUCGUCGGUAUGAUUCUUAUGUUAAUUUUCGCUGAAGUCCUUGGCCUGUAUGGUAUGAUUGUCGCGUUAAUCAUGGGCGCCACGUAA